AUGCCGUUUAGCAAAGCAUGGAGAAGUGCGGUGUACCCCGACUUCCGUGAGCAGGGUGCGUAUAUCAAUUACAAGGCCACGAAAGACAUCCUCCACCGCAUGAAGGAAGACAUUGCAAACCCAUCCACCCCCGAUGAACUGUACAACUCCCUGUUGUUGCAGAAGUGCCGCGUGUACAAGUGGUGUGAAAAGAAAAUUAAAGAACUUUUGACCGUUGCAGAGGCACUUAUGGCUGCCUCCGACUAUCUCACCGAGGAAGAUACCAAAACCAAUCUGAGCCUUGUGCUGAAUACACUAGGGAGUGGAAACAUGAAGUGUUUACCUCCCAAUGAGGCACGACUCUUGGCAGAUUCAAUCACGCAUGAACUUCUUCGAUUUGUGGAGUGUUGCAACUUAAACACAGACACCAUUGAGCACAUUAUUGGUCGUAUGUACCGAUAUGCCGUUCUUGGACCUACAGGUAAGCACUGGAAUAACAUCAUGACGGAGUAUGAUUAUCAUAAACUCUCCAUUCAUGAAAUUUUUUAUCUGCUUUCAAAGGUGUAUGAUCGUGUGACAGCGACGGAAAACAUGCGAAUUGUGAAACGUUCCGGGAUUCCAGCAGGCACCGUUGGCUCGCAGGUGUUUGACCGUCGUUCGGUGAAGUACUGGGUACACUUGCAGGAUCUUCCCUUUGUCAUUGCCCGCAUUAUCCCUCACUUGCCGCAUAGCACAUUUAAAGAAACGUAUCAAACGUGUAAAGAACGUAACAUUCCCUUUACACUUGGAUCACCUGUCAGCAGUGUGUACUGGGAUAACAACGAGUUCCUUCUGUAUCAUCGAAGGCUUGAACGACUUGAAGGAGCAACUCUUAUUCGUAUGCGUUGGUACGGUGACCCGUUGGAAAAUGACUGGAAUAAACUUGGCCCUAAUGAUAGUGUCUUUAUGGAAAUUAAAGUACACCAUGAGGCAUGGAGUGGUGAGCGGAGUAACAAACGACGGUUUGCACUGAAGGAGAAGGAAGUUAAUUCGUAUGUUCAUGGGGAAUUGGAUCUUAAUCCAGCAUUGGAAAAGUUACGUGCCAAGAAGGCCUCUAAAAAGGAAUUGCACAAUUUUAUGGAUCUUUCUACCGAAAUUGUCACAAAGAUUGAUGCUUACGAUCUUAAACCUGUGAUUCGCACGCAGUGUUCUCGAGCAGCCUUUCAGCGAGGGAUCGACCAAUCCAUACGUGUCAGCAUUGACACCGACCUGCGAGUCUGCGCCGAAGACUUUGGGUUGGGACAUCAUUGGCGGUACAGUGGCGUCGAUGCACCCGUCUCGUACUUCCCGUACGCCGUGGUGGAGAUUAAACUGCAGUGUGCUGAAAAUGAACGCAUUGCGCCGUGGAUCGAAGAGUUGAUGAGUUGCCGCUACAUGGAGAGUGUGCCAAAAUUUAGCAAGUAUGCACAUGGCAUUGCCUCACUGUAUGGGCACACUCCGUUUAUUAAGAUGGUGCCGUAUUGGAUGCAUCAACUUGAUAUUGAUAUCCGUGCCUCGACGAAGCCAGAGCAGAAUCAAUGGGACCCGACUGUUGGCCUCGCCUCGGGUUGUUGGGAGCGCACAACGGAUCGCGCCAUUUUCGGCGUUGGUCACGCGCAGACGCAGACGGUUGGUGCGUCAGAGGCGCAGUUUCUUCCUCGCACGGACUAUACACGUGUAUAUCAAAAGGCGUUGCACGGAAUACGCGGAGAGGGCGUUGCGACUCCCGCGACUGCGGAUAAUUUCCAAGACGCCGAGGCGGAGGGAGGGUGCGCUUCGGGUACCGCCGGCAGUCGAAAACAGCAACUACAACCGCGGUUGCCCGCCCACACGCUCCAGUACGAUGUGGAUAGGCGACAUAAGGCCUACACAACAUUUCAUCUCUACCCGUUUGCUGAAUAUGGCGUAGAGUCGUUGUGUUUUACUCCGGCAAGCGGAAAGAAUGCCGCUGCGGAGGUUCUUUCGGGUCUUAUUCCUUGGCAGACAGGAAAGCGAAUUCGCGUACCACAGAAAUACGAUCCCAAGACGUUGCUCACAUCGGAGCGCUACAUGUUGAAGUGGACGGAACAUGCGACACGAUUGGGUCUGGUAGGGCUUGGUGUGAUUCAGUUUGGCAACAGCAUGACUCUUCCAGGCGAUGUUACACAGUUGAGUUCGUUUUGGCGAGCGAACUUUCAUAUUGUCUUGGGCAUAGCGCUUGUCCUAGUUGCCUUGAUGACAUUGAUGUACGCGUUGAUGACGUUUAAGGCACGUUCACGGCGAGUUUACGCGCGGAAAAAGAUCCGCUUUGAUGAUAGUUGGGGUCCAACCGUAUUGACGGUUUUUUUGGCCUUUGGAAUCUGCGUUAUUGCAAUGAUGCACAUCUUGGGACGCUACGGCCCCAUGCUUACCGGCGAUGAUAACUUUUGA